CUGUGUAUAGUAUGCGAAGGUAAAGUGAAAUUCUUGCGACAGAAUCGGGGGAAACCCUAGAGUAGGGUCAGUAGUAGUUUUGCGAUGGAAGAGGAUGCUGCGGGGACGAUCGUUGACGAGGAUGAGAUACGCGUUAACGGCGGAGACGGCGAUAAGUCGCAGCAGCGGCACCGCCCCGUCAUCAGCGGCGAGCAGCUCGAUAUUGAGGCGUACGCGGCUCUGUACACCGGGCGCACGAAGAUUACUCGCCUCCUUUUCAUUGCCGAUAAAUGCGGCGUCCCUUCGAUGCAGCUGGAGGUUCUGCGGAUGGCGUACGAUGAGAUUAAGAAGGGGGAGAACACGCAGCUCUUCAGAGAGGUCGUUGCGAAGAUUGACGGCCGAUUAGGACCGAAAUAUGGACCUGAUAACGCUUGGGCUGAUGUCGUGGACCGACGCGCCGAGAUAAGGAAAGAGAAGCUUGAAAGCGAACUCAAUGCAUACCGGACAAAUUUAAUUAAAGAAAGCAUUCGAAUGGGAUACAACGACUUUGGAGACUACUACUACUCCCAUGGCCAGCUUGGCGAAGCAUUCAAGAAUUACGUCCGCACACGCGAUUACUGCACUACAUCAAAACAUAUUAUCCAUAUGUGUUUGAAUGCAAUUCUUGUUAGCAUUGAGAUGGGUCAAUUUACACAUGUAACAAGCUAUGCUGGCAAAGCUGAGCAAAGCCAAGAAGCAUUGGAUCCGGUUACAAUCGCAAAAUUAAGAUGUGCUGCUGGAUUGGCUCACCUUGAAAGCAAAAAAUAUAAGCUUGCUGCUCGAAAGUUCCUUGAAACUGGCCCAGAAUUAGGGAACAACUACACAGAAGUAAUUUCACCCCAAGAUAUUGCAACUUAUGGCAGUCUUUGUGCACUAGCAAGUUUUGACCGAUCGGAGCUGAAGAGCAAAGUAAUUGACAACAUAAACUUCCGGAAUUUCUUGGAGCUGGUACCUGAAAUAAGGGAGCUCAUAAAUGAUUUCUAUACAAGCCAUUACGCUUCGUGUCUGGAAUAUCUUGGCAGUCUCAAGGCGAAUUUGUUGCUUGAUAUCCAUUUACAUGAUCAUGUGGAGGCUUUGUAUGAGCAAAUACGUUGCAAAGCUCUCAUCCAGUACACGCUUCCCUUUGUCUCUGUUGACCUUCGCAUGAUGGCCGGUGCCUUCAAUACAAGUGUUACUAGCUUGGAGAAAGAGCUCGAAACACUGAUCACCAACGACCAAAUACAGGCUCGAAUAGACUCCCACAACAAAAUUCUCUAUGCACGGCACACUGAUCAGAGGAACGGCACAUUCCAGCGCGUCCUGCAGACAGGCAAUGUAUUCGAUCGCGAAGUGAAAGCCAUGCUUUUGAGAGCAAACCUCAUAAAGCAUGAUUACAACCUCAAAACAUCAAGAAAGCAUUAAAUGAUACGUAUAUAUACACAUUUGGAGUUUUGUCUGUAUGAUAGAGGCUUUCAGUUGGAUAAAUAAUGGACAAAUAGCACAUUGUUGGGCAUCUUGUAAAUUUAUUAUGCAGUCUUAAAUCUUUCUAAAUUUGGGUCC